AUGCCUCCAAAGAAGAAUAAUAGAAGCAAUAACAUGACUUCACAAGACGGGCUAGAACAUGCCAUCCAUGCCAUGAGGGAGACCCGAAGGGAGAUGGCAGACACAAUCAAAGAGCUGAAAAGUUCAGUUUCUAAGCCAAGGGAAGAAAACGAGAGACUUCAACAAGAGGAGUCUGCUGCUGCCAGAAAAGGGUCUGAACAAAAGGGACCAUCUUUUGUCACCCAAGAAGACACCAUUGCUAUGCUAGAAAAGGAACCAAGUCGAAGCUAG